AGGAGGAAGGACUGUGGCUAGUGCAGCUACACAGCGCCCCACGGCUGGCCGGUCCCCAGGAGACGUUGGGAUCCCCCUUUCCCGGGGGCUCCAUUCAAGCCGACCAUGAGGGGCACCGGGCUGGUGGCGGGGCUGGGCCUCCUGCUGGUGCUGGCGAUGGGGCAGGAAGAGAAGGCGCUGGAAACAGGCUCCUGCUGGCCCCGCGCCUCCUGCCGCGACUGCAUCCGCUCCCAGCCCAGCUGCGCCUGGUGCAAAGCGCUGAACUUCACCAAGGCGGGCGAGUCGGACACCACGCGUUGCGCCACGCGGGGGGAGCUGCUCCACCGCGGCUGUGCCCUGAAGGAGGUGGUCGAGCCCCGGAGCCGGCACCAAGUCCUGGAGGACGCGCCCCUGAGCGACAGCGCCGAGCAGGAGACGGUGACCCAGCUGGCACCCCAAAAGAUCGCCCUGUGGCUCCGACCCGGAGAGCAGCAUAGCUUCUCGGUGCGGUUCAAGCGGGCCGAGGGCUACCCCGUGGACGUCUACUACCUCAUGGACCUGUCCUACUCCAUGAAGGACGACCUGGAGAACAUCAAGAAGCUCGGCAAUGACCUGCUGGCCGCUCUCAGGAACGUCACCAAGUCAGUGAAGAUUGGCUUUGGCUCCUUUGUGGACAAGACGGUCCUGCCCUACGUCAGCACGGUGCCUGCCAAGCUGCAGAACCCCUGCCCCGACCGCUACGAGCAGUGUGACUCGCCCGUCAGCUUCCGCCACGUGCUGCCGCUCACCGACAACGCCAGUGAGUUCGAGAGCCGCGUGAGCCAGCAGCGCAUCUCGGGCAACCUGGACUCGCCCGAGGGCGGCUUCGAUGCCAUCAUGCAGGUGGCCGUGUGUGAGAAGCAGAUUGGCUGGCGGAACGUGACGCGCUUGCUGGUCUUCACGUCAGAUGACGUCUUCCACACGGCAGGGGAUGGCAAGCUGGGUGGCAUCUACCUCCCGAAUGACAACCAGUGCCACCUCGACACUGACGGACUCUACAGCAAGAGCCACAUCUACGAUUACCCCUCGGUCGGGCACUUGGCCCAGGUGCUCUCAGCCUCUAACAUCCAGCCCAUCUUUGCUGUCACUGGCUCCACGCUGCCCGUGUACCAGGAGCUGAGCAGGCUGAUCCCCAAGUCGGUGGUGGGGGAGCUGAAGGAGGAUUCCAGCAACGUGGUGCAGCUCAUCUCUGACGCCUACAAUAGCCUGUCGUCCACGGUGAACCUGGAGCACUUCCAGCUCCCGCCCGGUGUGAGCGUGGCCUACGAGUCACACUGCGAGGAUGCCACCCGCUCCCUCGGGGGCCACAGUGGGGUCUGCUCUGGCGUUCGCAUCAACCAGCUGGUGAAUUUCACGGUGACGGUGCAGGCCGACACCUGCCUGGAGGGUCCGCACACCUUCGCGCUGCGGGUGCUGGGCUUCCCCGAGGAGGUGCACGUGGAGCUGCAGACACUGUGUGAGUGCCCCUGCAGCCAGCCGGAGCCCCACGCCACCCACUGCAGCGGGGGCCACGGCACCCUCACCUGCGGAGUCUGCAGCUGCAGCCCUGACCGCGUGGGCCCGCUGUGUGAGUGCAGGCUGGCGGACGCCGCGUACCUGCAGGAGGGGUGCCGGGGCCGGAACGGCACGGGCCUCCUGUGCGACGGGAAGGGGCAGUGCGUGUGCGGGCAGUGCCAGUGUAACAGCAACGUGCGAGGGCAGCACUGCGAGUGCGACGACACCAGCUGCGAGCGGCGCAACGGGCAGCUCUGUGCAGGCCGGGGUCGGUGCCAAUGUGGGAGUUGCCUGUGCGACCAGGGCUACGCGGGCAGCGCGUGCGACUGCAGCCUGGACACCAGCGCGUGCCUGCAGGACGGCGUGGAGUGCAGCGGGCACGGACGCUGCCUCUGCAACAAGUGCGAGUGCCAGACGGGCUACUUCGGCCGGCUCUGCAGCCGGUGCCCGGGCUGCCAGACGCCCUGCGAGGAGCACCGGGACUGCGCCGACUGCAAGGCCUUCGGGACGGGCCCGCUGAGCCAGAACUGCAGCACCGCCUGCAACCACACCACGGCCACGGUGCUGCCCGAACCCGCUGUGAGCGAGCAGUGGUGCAAGGAGAAGACGGAGGACGGGCGGAUCCUGCUCUUCCUGAUCGAGGGCACGGACGGGGGCACAGUUCGCCUCACGGUGAAAGCCAAGGACGCUGUUGCUGACCAGACCGCCAUGAUCGUGCUGGGUUUGGUCUUGGGCAUCGUGGUCAUCGGGCUGCUGAUCAUCAUCGCCUACCGCAUCUCCGUGGAGGUCCUGGACCGGCGGGAGUACAUGCGCUUCGAGAAGGAGCGGGAGCAGGCCAGGGGGAAUGAGGUCAACAACCCGCUGUACCAGAGUGCCACCACCACGGUCAUCAACCCCAGGUACAACGAGGACUGAGGCAUCACGGAUGGCCAGCCACCAAUGGCAUGGGCCCCCAGAUGCCACGCUACGGCAGCCACCCCGAGCUUGACUGGGCCUCUCCUGGAAGGGAAGGUGCAGGCAGAGGGCCUGCUGCUCGGUGGAAUCUCACACGGCUACCCGCUGCCAAACAGGCUGCCAGGUGCCCCCACUUGUCACUGGAGGAACAGGGUGCGGCCCUGGCUCCAUUCUGGGGCCCGUCCCAGCCCGAGGCCUCCCUGCUUUAAUAGCCCUACCCUGCCCUCCCCUUGCAGCGCUAAGCCCCUGCCCCGAGCCUGCUGCUUCUCUGCCCCCUGCAGUGCGUCCGUCAGCGACCCCCAGCACCCAGAGAGCAGGAGCUGCUGUCCACGCCCAGCAGAAGAGCUCUGGGGUCAGUGACUAGCAGGAAGGGCCGGGCUACGGAGAGCCAAAGCCCUGCUUUUGGGGGCUUCUCUCAUUUAACGGGGAGCACUGUAGGGCAGAGCCAAGCCAGGGGAAACUCAUGGCCAACCGUGGGGGGGGGUAAUUGGAGCAGGGCUCUUCAGCACCAGAAGGAAAGCAGCAGGCGUAAUCCCUCCUGCCAGCCGGGAUCAGGAGCACCAAGCCAGUAAAACCCCACUGUGAACCGGGUGCUUAACAACUACUGAGAGCCAGAAUAAACCUAGGGAGCCUCUCCCUCUUUAUCUCCUCCAGCACCCUCGGGGCUCUCAAAUAAUCCCCCCCGCAGACGAGGAACUGCCUCCCCCACUUCGCUGAGUGAAUACAGAGAGGAAUAAAGGGCUGGGGCAGCAGCCAGCUCA